AUGGUCAUCAAGGGAUGGGUCGGACCUAUGAUCGGAUCCGCGAUCACUUCCAUUGGAGAGGGCUGUGUAAGAGCGUGCAGCCAUAUGUGGGGGGAAUGGGUUGACUGCGAGACAGGCAAAGGACGACCUCGGAUCCAAGCUGAGUCGCCUGGUAAUCUUCAGGCAACAUACCCGUUCCAGAUCAUCACCAUGGAUCACAUACCUUCGCUCCCCAUAUCUUUCAAGGGUAACACAGAGUUGUUGAUCUUCGUUGAUCUGUUCUCUGGAGAAGUCGUUGCCAAGGAUAGCGCCUCUAGAUCUGCACAGACGAUCUCUUCAAUAAGAUCUUGGGUCAACCCCAACGUGCUACUAUGGCUUAUCGAUCUCAAUCUAAUGGAUCCGAAGAGCGAUCUGGCUCAACGUGAUUGGGAUGAAUACACCGACCGUUGGUAUGAAUACGCCAAACGGCUCAUCUUCGCGAUCAACACCGCAAGAGGUCGGAUCCGAGGUGAAACCCCUUUCUACAUGAUACAUGGUUGGGAUCCUAGAUCUACUCUGGUAACGGUGAUCCCGGUGGGGAGCACCCGCAGGCACAAUCGAGAUCCAAGAAGAUGGCAAUAUCAGAUGCAAAAGUAUUACCAACAGGCUCGAGAACAAGUUAACCAACGUUUUCGCAAAGCAAUCGCGGAUCGAGCCGACUCGCAUAAUGAUCUGGUAAGCCCACAUCAUCUGGAGGUUGGAUCAAGUGUCUGA